GUUCAGAUUAAUGAAUCGUUUUCAAUUAUCAAUUUCUUUACUUAUUUAUGCUUUAUAAUUUAAUUUAUUUACUUAACUAUUUAUGUUCAUUAUUCUCUUCAUUAAAUCAUAUGAGAAACUUUUCGGACUAUUCAAGAAUAAAUUUCUAAUUUUGAAUAGAAACCAGUCAUUGAAAAGUAUUCAUCAUUGAGGAGAAAAUAUUUUUUUCUAUCUUUUAUCAUAUGAAAUAUUGUUGUUACUGAGUUGAAUUGACUAAAAGUGAAACAUUUUAAAAAUGAGAUAUAAUUUUUAUAUAGUUUUAUACAUAAUGAAUAAUAAAUGGAUAAUGAUUUUGGAAAUGUAAUUUAUGCUAUACAUUUAAUUUAUCUAAAAUAUUGAAAUAUUACUGGCAAUGAAAAUCACUUACAUAACCAUAAAGAAAUACAAGUAAACAUUUCAGCCGUUUUUAUUUAUCAGCAUAUAAAACCAUCUCAAUAAAAGUCGAUAGUAGAAUGAAACAAAGUGAACUCAUAUUAAAUAAUGAAAAUUUUGAGCUCAUAUUUCCGAUUCAAUUAAAAAUACUCAAACAAAAAUAUAAGAUAUAUGAAUCAAAUAUCAAAUAUAAUGAAAACAAUCAUAAUGUAUGUUAAUGAAUUAUGAUACAAGAUCGUAUGAGAAAAUUACAAACAAACAAUUUUAUGAGAAACUCAUUAGAUUGUAUGAAAAAUGUUAAAGAAUCAGGAUUAAUGCAUUCUUCAGUUAUUAGUAAUAAUGAUAUUGGACUUGAACCAUAUACAGAUAUGAGUGCUUAUAACAUUCCCAUAGAAAGUAACUCACCAAAUGUAGAAAAUCAUGCUGCAAACACAAUUCGUGUAUUAGCAGAUAUGUUCACUUGUAGACAGUCAAAUUUUCCUAUGACUGUUGGGAUUUUCACUCAACAAAAUAAUAAAGAAUAUCUUUCACAACUAGCAAGUGAACUACACAACCUUAAUCGUCUUGAAAAUCCAAUACCAUUGAAAUUUAGCAAAUUGCUAUUUGUAUUCCCUUUAAUGAUCAGUGCAAUUUUAGGAUAUUUUGUUGGAAUGCUCACGAAUUGGCAGAUUGGUUUAUCUAUUGGACAUAUUGGUAUGUUCAUACAGAUUACUUUUCUAGCAUUGAUUAUAACAGGAUCUCGAUUUUGUCAAAAACCAAUUGCUAUACGUGCCAGCUAUUCAAUAGCCUGUUUUCUUCAAUGGAUUAAACUCUUUUUAAAUAUUUGUUUUUGUUAUCCUGUCAAGUCGAUAAAUACUAAAACACCAGUGAGACUUAUUGUUGUAUAUCAUCGGAUAUGCCCGUCUUCAACAACAAAUAUAGCAUUAUUCUCAUUAGUUGAAAAAAUGUGGUUUGGUUUAGUUCGACAUUAUGGACAAAUUUUAAUCAGACUCCAGAGGGCUGGAAAACCUUCCGGAAAUCCAAAUAUUAAAUAUAAACGUGUAUGCUGUUUACCUGCAUUUAUUGUCAUGAUUGCGUUUUGGAUUGCAUUCCUUAUCUCUACUAGUAUCAUGCGUUUAUACUCAGGUCAAUUAACUAAAUUACUUGGACAUGGUGGUUUACUUUCAUUAUUUGUUAUUAUGAGUUCAAUUAUGUUUCUUAGUUUUUUUGGAUCAUUACCAUCAUUAUUAAGAAUAUUUAAAGGUUUAUUAAUGAAUCCAAUUACACCUGUAAAAACUGCAUUAACAUCAUUUUUACAAACUAAUAAUGAUAUAGAUAAAGAAUUUUUUAAUACUAAAUCUAUUGGAAAAAUUAAUGAAACUGUAUUAUAUUCUAGUUCAACAUCAUUUAAAGAUUUAGCUAUAACAGCUGAAGAACAAAGAGCAUGUAAAGCAGAUUUAUUUAUUAAAUCAGAAUUUGCUAAAAUUUGUAAUUUAUCAGUUACAUUUGAUCGUUUUAAUAAUACACAACAAACUAGAUUCAUUUUAUGCUUAGAUGCUAGUAGUACAAUACAAAAAGAUUUAUUAGCAAAAUUAAUAUAUCAAAUACAUAAUUUAUUAUUAUCUGUUAUGAGUGCACCAGUUUCUAUUGUACUAGAGGCAAAUUUUAAAAUUCUUUUAGGUGACCUUGUGUGCAGUACAAUUUUAUCCCCAUACAAUACUACAUUUUGUAAUAGUUUUACACAAGAACCAAAACUUAUAGCACAAAUAGUUGGCAAUAGUUUUCAUUUAGUAAAUUCUAGUUUAUAUUUACCAAUCUAUUUAGAACCACCAAUUUUUACCGAUUUCCCAGAAAUAAUCAAAUCAAAUAAUGAACAAAUGAAACAUAAUCAACUUUUACACUCAUCAUUCAAUGGUUACUCGUCAACAAAUGUUAACUUACAAUCUAAUAUAAUUUCACCAUCAGAAAUAUCAACUAUUAAUGUAUCAUCAAGAAAAGUGUCAUCUAGUCCGAAUUGUGUUUCAAGUCAUGUACCAAGAGCUAUGUUUAACAACUUUUACGGAACAAAUUCAAAUAACCAACAUAAUUCUAAAAUUACUCCAAUAAAUAAUGAAAAAGAACAAAAUAACAACGAAUUUACAGAAGUGAAUGAGUUCAUUAGUGUAAAUGAUAUUGCAAGUAUGUUUUUACAUAAUCAUGAAUUAGCUGAUUGGAAUGGGAAAGUUAUCAAACAAUUGGUGCUGUCUACAGCAUUUACAUAUCGUCUAUUGAAACUAUACAAUAUGAAUAUUGAGAUUGGACUAGUAGUCUUAUGGAUAACGCUUAUUCAUCAUUGGCCAUAUCAUACAACUUGGUUGAUAAUCUAUCUAGAAGAUUUGAAUGCUUCAAAUUCAAUCAAUUCCAACAAAGAACAAAAUCUUGAAGUCAAAAUUAAUCUAAUGGAGGCUUUUCUCGAGGUUAAAAAAAGAGUUGGUGAAUCAAUUGAAAUAAUGGAAGCUUUAGCAACAGAAGAUCGAGAUUUAGAAAGACUUAAUAAAUUUCUUUAUUCAAAAUCAUCUACUCAAAUUCCGGUGAAUUCUUUAAAACAACUUAUUGCAUGUAGCCUAAUACAUAAUCCAUUUAUUCGUUAUACAAUUCAAGCUCUAUUGGGAAUGAUGAACGAUCGCCAAUCAUCAGGUCUCCAUCAUAGUUUUAUGAAUCCUCUUGAUGCAGUCGUUGAGGAGAAGAGUGAUAAUACAAAUAAUAGUUUUGCUUUAGAUAAAGUUAGACAAACAAAUUCAGUACCCAUCUAUGCAAGUGUUCAGUUGAAUUCUUCAAGGGGACAGACAAAUCAAAUGAGCUGCAAAACAACUGGUUCAUUAUCAUCUGCUGAAAACCUUCCUUCAAACGCCUACUGGCCAUGUUCAUCUGAUACAGUCGCUACAGGGGAUAAUUUCUUUAAUAAAUCAUGUCCACUAAGGUUGAAGAAAAGAUACACAUCUCUUCCACUAAAUCAAUACACAGUUAACGAUGUCUGUGAGUUAUUUUCAAGUAUCGUUGACAUUCAUCCAUCUCAUAUGCAAUCUUAUAUAUCCAAAAUAAAACAACUAAAUAUUAAUGGAAUUGUACUCUCAGUAUGUGAUCUAGAAAAUCUAAGACAAGAAUUAAUGAUUGAAAUAAGUGACUGGCAACUGAUUUAUAAACUGAUAACUUGGUUACGAUCAUCAUCUACUAAUGGACAUAUAACUUUCUCAGAAAGUUCACAACAAAGACUAGGUGGUAUUUCUUCAAAUGAAUUUGAUGUAAGCGACCUGCUACCUGGAUAUAACAUGACUUUUAAAGGUAAAUAUCAGCAACCACAACAACGAUUAUCUAAUCACACACUACUUACAUCGAUGCCAUCUUUGAAUUCUGAAAAAAUGUCAUGUACAUCAGAUCAGAAACCGAAAACAUCUAAUCCGUUUCUUGUUAGACAAACACCUUGGCUUGUUUCGCCAAAAAUACCUAUCACAAGCUUAUCAUCCAAUGGUAAAUCACUUGAACCAUUUCAAGAAUUUACUCUUGAACAACGUCCUAGUCCAGAUACUUCUGACCAACAGAAUUCGUGUAGUGCUAUGGAAGAACCAGAAUCGUUAUGGAAAACUGACGGUUUAAUAAAUGUUUCUGCAACUACGGAUAAAACAUCCGUUCCACAUCUAAACAUGUUGGUUGGAAGCAUUGAAAAUUCGCAUAUAAUCAGUAAUCCCAACCUGUUUUCACAUCAAGAAGGCUUGAGUAAACCAAAAGAAAUAAGGAAAGCAAGUAAGCAUGCGAACAAUCAUGAAUUUAAUAUCAAUAAAUCUGAAGUUAAAGUUACAUCAGGACAUUCCUUUCAUAGAAGCAUGCAAAACGCAUUGCAUUCUAAUCGGUUCGUCAAUAAAAAUGGUUAUGCCAGUCGUUCAUCCAUUGAUUUAAGAACAGUUUUUGGUCCGGAACAAAAAAAUCCACCGAAUAUAAAUUUAUUUAAUAAUUACAGAAUCAUACAUAAUUCGAAGAGAAACCGCGUUAAAAAGGCUCUAAUAGAACAGCAUCGAAGGCAACAACUACAACAACGGCAUCUUUUAACGCGUAAUCCUAAUUUUAAUUAUUUUGUAGAACCAGAAUUUUGUUCAUCAUUUGUGUGUCCAUUGACAAAACAUAAUGCAAAUUUUUAUAACCAUGAUUUAUUCAAUAAUAAAAAUCAUCCAUUCGAUUCAAACAUACAAAAUAUUAAUGCCUCUAAUUUGAGGCGCAUCACUAAACAACCUCGUCGUAAUUAUGAUUAUCAAACUAUCGAGAAUAAUACACCUGCAUUAAUUGCUAACGGUUAUAACAAUGGAAGUAGUAUAAAUAACAACGAGGAUCACAUCAAUAACAUAACACCAAGCAAAAUCCAUAUUAAACAUUUACAAGAAUCAUUGAAUAACGUUGAAUCUGAAACAGAUGAUACAGUUCAAUCUUCGGACAAUAAAAGUUCUCAACUUAAGUUUCUUAAUCAAAACAAAUCAUUUUUAAAUCAUUUAAAAUAUUAUCCUUCUUAUAAGAUUCAUCCAAAAGCAAUUUUCUCUUCACCAGCUUUAACACCAGCUCAAUUAACUAGUCUACAAGCUUAUACUGAAUGGUCAACAAAAAUGAAUCCACACUUUUCAAAUGCAGCAAUGAUGACUGACACAGGGUCUGUUAUUCCAAAUAAUUCAACUAAUGUUUGGCCUAGUUAUCUAGAACAACAUCAAGUAAAUAAAUUUCCUAUAUUUAAGUCAACUACACAUAAAACAUCCGAUCACAAAUCAUUUAGACCAAGUCAAAAGAAAAGGCCAAGAAAAACAAAUCCAGAUGACAAUGAAUAUAUUAUAAAUACAAAUAAAGAAUUUCAACCUACUAAUUUAACAAAAGAUAAUGUAUAUUCAUUAAAAUUAUCAUAUGAUUCAGAUGCUGAAAUGUGUACAUGUGAUUACUGGUAUGAAUUAGAAAAGGCAAAAGAAAAAUUUACAAUAAGUGAACCAUCUUUAAGAGCUGAAUCAGAUUUAAUAAGUAUAGAUGAUUUUGUUAUUGAUAAUGAUUAUCAGUCAAGUGCCACAGAAUCAUUAAAUUCAACCCAUCUAUUACAAAUAGACAAGAGUAAACUUUCAAAAUAACAUUCAAUGAAAUGAUUACAGUAAUAAAAUUAGAAAAAAAUCUUUGUAUUAUGUAACUUUUAAUUUUAAAUAUCAUGAUACAAUUUUUUUUAAGAAAAAAAAUAUUUCCAUGUAUAAAACAAAUAAGCUGAAUUAUACUAUUGAAUAGAGUUACCGUUAUCACUAUCUCUGUGUUGUUUAAUUUUAAUGAAGUUUCUACAUUAUUCAAUUAUACUGCUGAAUUUGAUCUAUAAGUAGUACAAAUAUCCAAUUUAUUCAUAGUAUUCAGUUUAACAAUCUCAUUUAAGAAAACAGUACAUGUAUGUAUUAGAAAUCAUUACAAAUGUAUAUCCCGAAUAGGUUACAGAUAUAUAUAUACAUAUAUAUUACGAAACAAUCACUACAUUUAGCGAAAUUGAAUCAUUAUUUGCCUAAUAAUCAGGACAUUAACAUACAAAUGAUAAUAAUUAUUAAUACGAUCUUAGAGUACAAUAUUGAUUAUCUUCACAAACAUUAAUUUAUUUCAAUAAACCAUUAUUUUUUACAAAGAGUUCAUAUGUAAUAAUCUGUUAGAAACAAUAUAAAGAUCUAUCAUAUGCUCACUCACUUAAUCAAAUAAUAAUAAUAAUACAUGUCUUUGUAAUCAAUUCAAAUAGAUAGCAGGAAAAAUAUAAACUUCUAUAUGUUUAUGUAUUUUUUAAAAAAAUUUUGUUGUCAAUUAACAAAUCAAUUAAAAUAUUUCUGUCACUAAGUUAUAAAGUUUAUUUUUCAUUCUUUGUAACACAUGUAAUUUAUCAAUGAUAACCAUAUUUUUAUCCUGUUUUUUUCUUUUCUUUCUUUCUUUUUUUUGUGAUUGUGAUUAAUAAAAUUGAUAUAUUUCCUUCGGUUCAUUUUUUUUAUUGCAUUUUACUUAUGAUUUUAUGUCUUCUUUGGAAUUUGAAUUAUUAUUAUUAUUAUUAUUCAUAUACCAUAUUACCAUCAACAAAAUAUCUGCCAUAAUUCUUAUCUAAACGGUUUAUUUUCCUCGUACCUGUGUUUUAUUUUUUAUAAAUCAAUACGGUUUUUUUUUGUACAAAUGUAAGUAAAUAUAUUGUGAACAUUAUAAUUCUAAAUAUCAUGUAAAUUUGUUGUG